UUACUUAAUUCCCCAUAGCCAGGGCCAAGGAUAGGGUAACUAAUCAGGAAUUUCCCUCUGCCACUCCUGGAAAUGAGCGCGACGAAAAAGCAAACGCGCAACGAUUCAUUUUUACGCCUCCCGUUUCCGCUCAGAAAAUGAAGGUCUACAAUAUACCUAUGUGUGUUCAAAUGUACAGUCUUUUCCAGUGAACCACUGGAUGCCUACCUAUCUUGAAAAAAGUUGCACGAAGACGGGCGCCAGUUUCCAUCGUCCUAGCACCAGCAAAGUUAUUAGGCUAAUGGAUAGUUUUUAAGGAUUUUUGUUUUUAAUCCAUUGCUGCGUAUACAAAUGGUUGGAGUACUAUUCCAGUGGUGGAGUCACUUGUUGAAGUGGAAUCGAAGCAACGAGUAAAACUUUGGGGUUUUAUAACUUUUGUGCGCCCUCUUCUCUGUGGAUUGGUGUUGCUACACCCUCUCGCACUAAUCGUUCAUGGCGUAGACGGUCGUCAUAUCUUCUUCUGUUUCCGAAGAACUUGGAUAAUACUUUCUGAGGAGUAAAACUCAAAUGAGAGUUUUCCUGACGUGUGUGGUUGUACCUUUUAUAUCAAGGAAGACAGAGGGUCGCCAAAAGAUCAGUUUAAAGUUUCUGUUUCUAACUGGAAGGAAUGGUUGACAAAAGAGGCGCAUGGAAGGAUGCUGUUUCUUGUACAAUGGAACUGAAAAGUAUUUUUACAGUUGCCGUGGUGUUGUGUUUGUUCAUUUCUCCGACUUUCAGCCAAGACUCAACUCAACUCAAUCCUAAGGGUAGGAAUGUAUGCAAAUUGCCAGGGUCAUCCGAGCUUGUGUGCUGUGGCGGUUGGGAGCAGGAGCGCGAUGAGUGCAUGAGGGCUCUCUGUGAGGGCAACUUCACUUGUAAGGACAACGAGGUGUGCGUCAGGCCCAACGAAUGCCGCUGUCGGCACGGAUACUUUGGAGCCAGCUGCGAUACUAAGUGCCCCACCCAAUUUUGGGGUCCAGACUGCAAAGGAAAAUGCAACUGUUACCCCAACGGGAAGUGCGACGAUGUGACGGGCCAGUGCACGUGCAACCCCAACCGCUGGGGCCACAACUGCGAGAACGCCUGCGCCUGCCAGAAGGGCAAGUGUGACCAGGAGACGGGCAAGUGCACCUGCCAGUCGGGCUUCUGGGGGCCGCAGUGCGCCAACACCUGCUACUGCCACAUCAACGCGGUGUGCGACCAGGCCAACGGGCGCUGCCUGUGCCAGCCGGGCUGGUACGGGCGCAGCUGCAACAGCCAGUGCACCUGCAGCGGCAGCCCGUGCGAGCAGUUCACGGGCCGCUGUCAGUGCCGGGAGCGGCUGUGGGGGCAGCACUGCGACCGCUACUGCCAGUGCGCGCACGGCAAGUGCAACCAGGCCGACGGCUCCUGCACCUGCAAGCCGGGCUACCGGGGCAAGUACUGCCGCGAGCCGUGCCCCGCUGGGUUCUACGGGCAGAACUGCAGGAACAGGUGUGGCCACUGCAAAGGGCAGCAGCCCUGCAAGGUGACCGAGGGUCGCUGCAUCACCUGUGAGCGGGGUUGGAAUGGCACCAAGUGUGACCAGAUGUGUGCCCCCGGCUAUUUCGGGGAGAACUGCAAGGACGAGUGCCCGCCCUGCAAAGAUGGGCACUUUUGCAGCCGCAUCGAUGGCAAAUGCUCUCACUGCAAUGCCGGCUGGAUCGGAGAUCGCUGUGAGGUGCGCUGCCCCAACGGUACCUAUGGAGACAGAUGUGAGAAUGACUGCAGCCACUGUUUUAACGGGGAGUGUCACUUUGCGACCGGAGAGUGCCUGUGUGAUCCUGGCUUCCAUGGGACUUACUGUAAUCUCACCUGUGAGUUUGGCCAGUACGGAGUCAACUGUGCCCAGACCUGCCCGUGCCACGACAGAAACUGCAACCCUGUGUCUGGAGCCUGCAAUUUGCAGCCCAACCAGCGGAUGGGAGUGAUUGCGGCCGGGUCGCUGGUGGCCUUCCUCCUGGUGCUCCUCCUCUGCCUCCUCUGCUGCUGCUGUCUCUGCCACAGCAAAGGGGACAUCAACUCAGACCAGGAUAAUUCCACCAGCAGCAAGAAGGCCAAGCGUCUCCUCUGCGGUCGCUUCAGCCGAAUCAGCACCAAGCUGCCGCGGAUUCCAUUACGUCGACAGAAGCUGCCCAAAGUCGUCGUAGCCCACCAUGAUCCUGAGAACACCUUCAACUGCAGCUUCAUCGAGCCCCCCUCGGAGGUCGAGCCUCACUCCCCCUCCUGGUCCGACCAGGAAUCCUUCUCGUCCUUCGAGACCAGCGAGGACGGUCCCGUGUACUGCAUACCCCACGAAGAGAGCACCGGGGAGACUAACGAGAAGUGCGGCCCUGUCCCCGUGGCCGAGAGCACCGUGGCGUCCAGCGAGGACGACGCCGGGGAGUACACGUCCCUCAAGGAGACCACCCCGGCCAAGCCGGGCGACGGCAGCGAACAGCCGCUGCUCAAAUCCACGGACAGCGAGGGCUCCACCAGCGGCUCCGAGUCGGCCGCCGGCGCCCUCUACGCCCGCAUCGCCCGCCUCUCCAAGCAGUCCAAGGAGGACGAGGACAGCAGCGCCGGGGAGGUCAAAGGGAACGGCAAGCCUCCGUCUCCGGAGAGGACCAAGCCCCGGCCGCCCGACCCUUCCACCAAGCCCAAGGUCUCCUGGAUCCACGGCACGGCAGCGGGAACCAACCAGCCAGACAAAGGGAAGGGAGAGACCCCGCCCGUGGAGAAGAAGAGGAGCUCCUCGGGGGCCGGCGACAAGCAGAGGAGCCGGGAGAAGUCGGGGAAGCCCAAAGACAGGAAGAGCCCGGAGCGCAAGGCCACCGAGGGAGGCGAGUCCCCCAGCAAGGCCAAGCCUCACAAGGGCCGCACGGCAGAGGAGCACCGGGAGCACAUCAACGGCGUGGUGCAGAGCGCCCUGAAGAAGAUCAGCAACUUCCACUCGGAGAAGAAGGCUCCCAAGGAGGUGGAGGCGACCCCCAAGGAGCCGCCCAAGAGCCCCAAAAUCAUGCAUCCGCACAUGAACUCAGAGGCCGCCACCCUCCUGGCCGCCCAGCUCAAGGAGAAGACCCAGUCCAUCAACCGCAACGAGGGCCUGGUGGGGGUCAAGACCAACGGGCUGUCGGCCGCGCAGACGCAGGCGCAGCGCGAGAAGCCCACGCCGCCCCAGAAGGCCAAGCGCACGGUCGGCGGCGGCUCGCAGAUGCAGGCCUCCACCAAACCCUUGCUGCCCACCACGGGCAGCCUGCAGAAGAUGGUGGGGCCCGUGACGGACACCACGCCGGAGACGCCGGAGACGAAACAGCCGAGCAUGAACGGCUCAAAGACUGUGGAGGUGGCGGGGGAGUCCACGCCCAAGAAGACCCCCAUCAAAAAGCCGCCGCGAAAGAAAGGCAAGGAGGGUAACGCCCCCGACGCCGAGAUCAAAACCACUCCAAAGACAGCAAUCAUGCCACCUCAAGUAGUGAAAAACAAUUAGUGCUGUUCCGUCUCAAACGGUGCUGCUCGCUGAACCCCACAGUUGAUUUUUUCUCAUUAGUGACAAACGACUGUUAGAGUGUGUCAAGAAAACAGAUACAAAACAAGAUUUUUUUUUGAAGAAGAAGUAAAAGGUCCAGGGCAUACUGCACCUGAAGCAGCAAUUUAUCUUGAGAAUAAUCUUGAGUACAAAGAACUAAGAGGAAUGCUUUACCAUACAGUAUUAAUGUGUACAUGGGUUUUGAGGUAAUGUUAUAAGCUUGGUUUUAUAGUAUAAAUUGAAGUGUAUGCAAACUAUACGCAGUUAAUUUAGUAUAUAUUAUACUCUCCUAUUAUACAAGGUAUGUUAUUGAUGGGUGUUCUAAUCUGUGUUCGAAGACAGUGGCAUAAGUCCUAUGUUUUGUUGAGUUCUGCAGUAUCCAGUACUUUCAAGGUGGUUUAUGCAAAACAAAGUAUUUAAAGAUUUUGUUUAUCAGCUACUGACCUAUCCAAAGAUUGGUACUGGUUAUGCAGACACAUUUGACUUUGCCCAAUCCAGAUCCUGAUCAUAUUCAACAUAUAUAGGGUUAAAUUCAGUUUGUUGUAAUCUAUAGACCAUAUGUAUCUACAACAAGGUUCGGUUAAUACUUGGAACUUGGAAAACUUAUUUGGCUCCAUGAUUACCCGUUUUAGUGAGAUGAAUAGCCUGUGGGGCUUGAGGUUAACUCUCUGUCAUCUCCAAAAUGGUGGCUUCACCCAUGAUUGGCAUUUCAUUUUCUUUAGUUCAAAGUGCACACUGCAAUUUAAUUGUGAUAAAUUAUGCCUCAGUGCGGCCCGGCUGAACUUGGCCGGCGCCCAUCACCAUACCACUGUCAAGCUCCCUCGGACCACUUGAUGCCUUGCAUAAGGAGAUGUGAAAAAUAACCUUCCUGUCAAAACCCAAACAUGCAGCGGUCUGUGCCCAUGGCAGUGCAAUCAACUGAGCCACACUGGAAUUCUUGACCAUGCAGUUUAACAGUAAAGUGCCUUUAAAAAGUUAAGUCAUGCCUUUGAGUGGUAUAAGGUUUUAGUCAACAGUGGCCUUUCCUAUUCAAGCUGGGACUGAAUGUGUGCGUGUCUGUGUGUGUGUGAGACAAUCCUGUGUUAGGCUCUCUUACAGAUGGGUUGAGAUACAGUACCGUUAUAAUGGCAGUUUCAGACUUCAGACUGUGGUGGCUAUUAUUCAACCAAAGGUGGCAUACUUUUUUAAAACUGCAUACCAAAAUUACUCUACAGACACAACACAUGCUCACAGAUACUCGUCUCUGCCAAGAUAAUAAUAGUAUUCUGCUUAUUCACUUGAGCCAAUGGUUCUCAAAUGUUUAUCUUUCAUUGUAUCAGCAUUAUGGAAUAAUAUACCAUAACAGGUCCAUGUAAUCACUAUCAAAGCUCCAACCAUACUGUUUAAAUCACAGGUAUUGAUGUGAAUUAUUAUUAUUUCCUAUGCAAGAGACCACACCGGAGCUGAAUGGUACGCGUGGACCAUCUCUCGAAUGCCGGCCACAUACAUGCUUAGCCGAUGACUGUCUUCUCUGAGCGGUUUUCCUGCACACAUUGUCUCCCGUCAGUCUGUCAUACCAUGUAAUUAUGGAACAACACAUCAUGUUCAGAGUUAUAGGCCUAACAAGCACUUGUGGGUUAUUCUGAGACCAGGAAUACCCUCUCUAUUAAGUUGAGGACUAGAAUCAAAUACUAGAAUGAAACUAGAAGAAAACUGGAGGCUUUUUGAGUUUAGAUGCAAUGUAUUUAGGUGUUUUGUACUGUCCUGUGCGUCGUUCGAUUGAAACCGUAAGAGUGAGUGUCAGUGUGUACAGACAGCAGUAUGACAUAAAGACCACGUGCUUAUGAUGUAAAGGAAAAAUUUGUUGUUACUAUGGUUGCAACUGUUUUCUAUAAUGGUACAACUAUUUAGUCGUUAUAAUGGUUAUUUUUCUACGUUAAAAUAUUUUGUAAUAAUAUUUUGUCUAUGUCUGUAAGCUGUGCUUAUGUGAUUUUUUUGCUAUCUCAUGUUAUUUUUACGUUAAAUGAACUGGCUUUCAUUUUUCUUUAUACCUUUUUGUUUGUUUCCUCGUUUUAUAUAUAAACAUCAGGUACAAAAAUUGAAUAUGAUUUUACAGUAUACUCGAGACUUUUUAGUGGUUGUGAGAUAUUAUUUUUGUCAUUUCUCUGUGGAGAUUCUUGUUCUUUGGAAUAUGAACUGCAUGAAGCAGAUAAAUGAUUUGCCAAUUCAUAUCCAUCUUUUCUAAUGGUCCACUGGGUUUAUUUAAAAUUGCCUUUUUCAAAUAACUCACUCCGACAAGACCAGUUAUACAUGAUUUUGCACAAAUGUCUAUGUGAAAACAUGCUUUGAUUGUAAAUGUUUGGAGGUCUGAUAUGAGAUUUUGAGGACUGAGAUUUUGCUUAAAACACAAAAGAGAAUCUUAUAUCUAACCGGUCCAGUCAUUCGUUUUCACCAGUAAACCUGGGUAUGUUAACAGAACUCGUUUCCACUAGACAGUGUGUUCCUCUUGUAAAUGCGUUGUUUCUCAGUUACUUCAAGAAAAUAAAAUGAAACUGUAGCAAUUGGA